AUGAAGAUCGACCCCUUUUUGAAAAGUAGUAGCAGCAGAGUUUUAUCAUUUCUUGUAAUCGUACUUUUUAUUCAACUAUCUUUAUUUGUAACGAGUAGUCAAGCAGUAUUAAAUGUAGUCAAACAAUUAAGAAUGCCUACUAGCGGCACUGCAUACAUUACAUUUGCAGGUUCUCUCUAUUGUUCAGCUGACUUUUACGUCAAAGUUGAAACAACUGAUCCACUCUCAUAUGUUCAAUUGACAGAGACUGGUUCUAUGACACCAAUCAACGCAUCAGUCUCUUUUGGUACAGUAUCGUAUGGUCCUUCUUUAUUGGUAAAGAUCUCUCCCUACUUUGCUCAAACUACCAAAAGCUACACUUUAACUAUUCACUCUACAUUUGAUUCCUAUACUCUAUCAAUAGGUACUUUUACUUGUAAAUCACCUCCAUCAUCUUUGACUAUAAAAUCAUCAAGUAUCAGUGGAUAUGUUGAAGAUGGUACAUGGGUGGUAGAGGCAACGACAACGGUCGAUUACGAUUUAAUAGGUACCAAUGCAAUUUUAACAUGCUCUACUUUUAAUUACUACCAAUGUGUUACAAUCUACCCAUUGUCUACGUCUACCAGUACCAUCCCAAUGCGAUUCAAGGUGACUUUAAAUCCUUCCGGUACACUCCCAACUACCCAACCAACAUCUGAAUUAAUUUCUAUUACCAUUUCAACAAUCACUAUUACAAAUCCUAUCAUUUCUUUAUCUCUUUACCCAAGUUAUAAUAUUGAUGUGGCAAAAUAUACAACCAAUUCAUCAUUAACAACUGAAAGAAGUAUUGCUAGAUGGGAACAAUCAAGUUACCAUUAUCAAUUAAAUGUCAAUUCUAGUACACCAGCGAUCAAUGAUUUACAAUUGUUUUCGGCGGAUGGACAAUCUAUCAAGUUUUUACGCAAGGUGUUUGGCAAUAGUAAUAGUCAGCUAACCUAUUUUAAAGAAUUUGUACUUUCAUCGACACGAGAUACUAGUAUCUAUCAAGUUGCUAGUGGUGGAUAUGCUCAGUUGUCGACUACAACCUUUCCAAUCACCAUCCUACCGGACACUACCUCGAUUAGUCAAAUGUCUGCUGGUGGGUGGUCCGACGGUCCAUUCUACGGUCUCAACUAUCUACAAACUCAAAUGUCUACGACAUUCCUCGACGAGAAUGUAAACAUGUUUUUCGCUUCAGGCAUGUUUCAGUUGUACAUUCCAGCACCAUUUGGUAACCAUCGAGCUUCACAAACUCUAAUAUACAGACCACCAUUCGUCUUACCACCAGGUUUACCUGUAACAAUACUUACCAUGGGAUGUCUUGGAACUACCACUCAAUCAGGUCCAAGUAAUGGCAAAACUGUGCCUGGUGGAACCCCAACUCCACCAAUCAUUACAAAUGUUGAGUAUUUUCCAUUUACAGGAUAUUCAUGUCUUGUAAAGAUUGAUUAUCAAACAAGUGUAUAUACAGGUAUGAGAUCAGUAUCAAUUUAUGGUGGAACGACAGUGAUUGGACCAAGUUCAAUUAUAUCAGGUACUGCAAUUGGUGGAUCCGUCAUGACUGAAUUUAAACUUAAUCCAACUCAACUCCAACCAGUUGUAUCAACGAUCAUUUUAACUGAUUCAGCUGGUGUAUCUGUAUUGGUGAUGCCAGGUCAAUUCCUAAGUGCCGAUAACUUUGUACCAUUUGAAUUACCAAUUCCACAACUCUAUCUACGUCCUGCCAAUAUUACAUCAGUGAAAUUCAUACCCAACGACAUUGACACUAGUUUUGGUCCAACCACCGUCACCAUGUUGUUUACCGUCUCUGACGCUAUGAUAACAAGCUCACUUGCUUCAUUCAACGUUACGAUCCUCCUCACCAAACUCAAUGCCGAUGGACAAUUUGGAAGUCGUUCCAUCUCAUCGUUGGCAUACGUUGAUCCUAAAUUCAAUAGUUAUCGUAUAGACUUUAUAUUACCACAAAAUCUCGGCAAUGAUACCAUUGAAUAUUUCUUUAACAAGUAUACUCAUUCAACAACUUUAAUCUCUAAACUUGGUCCAUCUUCACAAUUAAGAGUUAAAUCAAAUAAUUUAGAUAAAUUCCCACCAAUGAUUACAAAUAUAAAACCAAUCUUUUCAACUUCAAGAAUACAAUUUAAUCUUUCAAUUGUUGAUAGGGUCAAUGGAUUGGAUUAUGGUUUGGUUAAUAUUACAUCGGAUAUGGAUCCUUUACCAAGAACCUUUGUUUUGGGCGCAAGUACAUUGGUCAAUGGUUCAAUGUAUGAAGGUGAUCAUUCAAUUGGAUUUGAUUUUGAUGCUUCUACAUGUAUCACUCAAACUUUUAAAAUUACAGGAUUGUAUUUGGUGGAUCGUAGUGGAUGGUCAUCGUUUUAUCCAGUACGAACCAAACCAUAUCCUAGUCAAUACAAUUUUGAAACAUUGGUUGAUCCAUUCCUCCAAUUGGAUUCAGAUCCAGAACCACUUGUACGUGUUGUUGCUCCAUGUCCAGCUCGUACACAAUACGGUGCACCAGUACUCAACGAAUUGAUUGCUGAUCCUCGCCGCAUUGAUGUUGGAACAAAUGAUAGAAACAUUUCAUUUGUUGCAACGUUUAAAACACCUGGUGGUACUACUCCCAUUUCACCUCGUCAUCAACCAAACAUCUAUCUAUUGGACGAUGUUGGAAACUAUUUUAUUAUCAGUCCGGUAGCAUCAGAGAUUGGUCCAACUGGAUUGCUUGCAAAAUACACGUAUCUAGCAACACUUCCCUACGGGUUUGGUGCAGUUAGUAACUUGUCGGUUUCAGUGUAUGGCACAUUUGACACCAACAUGAAUACACAAGGUUUUUCAGCUUCUGAAAUCAUGGGUCAAAACAGCUCGAACCCUUACUUUAUCAACACCACUUAUUCACUGACUCUUUCGAAUUCGUUGGUUUUAAAGUAUGCACAAUCAGACAUACCUCGUGCUGGUGGAGUGGUUGUUCUAGUCGGGGGAGGAAUGAACCAAUUCUACACGACACAGUCCACUACGGUCGUUGCGGUGAUUGACGAGCCGGGUUUCUCAAAAUCCUACCCUGUCUCUUUUACCUCUCCCAUCUCGUGUACAUUCACUAUCCCCACGAUCAUUCCAGCGUCGCUUGCAAGUAUACGUAUCACUUUAAAGUCGUCUGCAUUGUCUCUACUCUCACUUCCAUUUGCUGUGAGUGUUAAAGAUUAUGUUGCACCAUACACUCCACCAGCAAUUGUCCCAUGCCCAAGUGGGUGUGGUGGAUCGGAUCACGGAACUUGCGGUGACAAUGGAUGUGCAUGUAUAAAUGGUUGGUACGGUCCAACAUGCUCACAAACAACGAUUCAAGUCAUCCCCAACAUCACAAAGACUGAACCAACGGUCGUUAUAGGCAACCAAAAUACAACCUCUUCUACAACCGACCGAUUCAUUUAUAGUAUAGUUUCAAUUGUAUCGAUUCGUGAGAUUGAAAUGGAUGGUACUACAUAUAAAGAGUAUCCACUUGAUAAUUGGGCAUACUCUAAUCAAACUAUGGAUAUGUCAAAAUCAAUCAACUAUCUCUACAACAGUACACUGUCAAUUCCAACCGAUUCAACCAACUCUUCAUUCACCAAUACCACCAUAUCAGUAUCUGUUCAAUGGUUUAGAGAUGCUCAAGAGAUUUCAUUUGGUAAUCAACCAAUCUCACUCCCACCAUCAUCAACCAAGAUUAAUAUAGGUAUUGAUCAAUACCCAUUCCAAUCAAUUACAAAUACCUUACAAAUCAUUAUGGACAUUUCAAUCAAUAUUGAUGACGAUGGUGAUGAUGCUUGUUCAGAAUUGGAUUAUGGAUUGGGUAAUGGAAAUGAUGAAAAUGAUGUACAAUGGGUUAAACUCAAAGUUGGUGGAUCAUCAAUCUAUGCAAGAUUCAUUCGUAGUGGUAUCAUUGAUGGAAGACAAUCGGUCAUUCAAAACUCUGUCGUUGAAAAACAAGAGUCAUCUGGUACACGUCAAUUCAUUGGUAUCAACGUUCCCUACUAUUCCAACUAUGCACAACUUGAUCCCGAUCUAUCUAUGCUUGUUGAUAAUGGUGACAGUGACUAUGAAUGUGGAAAGAAACCAACCCUCUCCAAACCACAAUUAGCCGGUAUCAUUGUUGGUGGCUGUGUCUUGAUCAUUGCAUGUUCAAUUCUAAUCGGUUGGUACAUCCGAAAGAAAUAUUCAAUUAGAUUUACCAAAGGUAAACUUGAAAUGAUAAACAUGAGAUAA